CCCGCCCCGGCACCGGCUUUGCGAACGCCCUCGGUGCUCCCUUGGGCCUGACUUCCGGUUUGCCCCCUCGGCCCUGGCUCUGAGCUGCGGACAACCGGAGGCCGCGUUUCCGGCGCACGCCGCCCGCCCUCCCGCCGGCCCUUUUGCGGCGUUUCCCCUGCGCGGCGCGCUGCCUGGGCGGGCGCUGAGGUAACCGGUCUUCUUCGGCAGCGGCUCGGCCCUCGGCCUCGGCGCGGCCCUCCUUCCAGAGCCUCCGGGGCCGCAGCCCACUAGCCGGCCCUGCCGGCCCCGGCACCGCCGAGGCAGGAGAAAUGGGAGUCCCUCCGCGGCGUCCCCGGGGCAGCUGCGUUCGCCAGGGAACCGGCUGUGUCUUCGAGGAAACCGGAAGCCCGCGGUGACCCCUGGCGACCCGGUUUGUUUUCGGUUCGUUUCCAAACACUGGGGAAUCGAAACUCGGUGGCCCUGGGGGCGGCCCCGCGGAGCCUGUGUUCUGGCUGUCAUGGAUGCACUGGUGGAGGAUGAUAUCUGUAUUCUGAAUCACGAAAAAGCCCACAGGAGAGACCCAGUGACUCCAGUCUCGAUAUAUUCAGGAGAUGAAUCUGUUGCUUCACAUUUUGCCCUUGUCACUGCAUAUGAAGACAUCAAAAAACGACUUAAGGAUUCAGAGAAAGAGAACUCUUUCUUAAAAAAAAGAAUCAGAAUUUUGGAAGAAAAGCUUAUAGGAGCUCGAAAGGAUGAAGAAACAAGCUCUGUGGGACGAGAACAAGUAAAUAAAGCCUAUCACGCGUACCGAGAGGUCUGCAUUGAUAGAGAUAAUCUGAAGAACAAACUGGAUAAAAUGAAUAAAGACAACUCUGAAUCUUUGAAAGUGUUGAAUGAACAGCUACAGUCUAAAGAAGUAGAACUCCUCCAGCUGAGGACAGAGGUGGAGACUCAGCAGGUGAUAAGAAAUUUAAAUCCUCCUUCAUCAAACUGGGAGGUGGAAAAGUUAAGCUGUGACCUGAAGAUCCAUGGUUUGGAACAAGAACUGGAACUGAUGAGGAAAGAAUGUAGAGAUCUCAAAAUAGAGCUGCAGAAAGCCAAACAAACGGCUCCAUCUCAGGAAGACAAUCUGAACUGCAGAGAUCUGCAAAGACUGAGCAUUUCAAGUGACAACAUGCAAAGUGCAUACUGGGAACUGAAGAGAGAAAUGUCUAACUUGCAUCUGGUGACUCAAGUACAAGCCGAGCUACUGAGAAAGCUGAAAACCCCAACUGCAAUCAAGAAAGGCAACUUGCGCCCCAGCAGGAUGCAUGGAAGACCUGGGUAAAGACAGCACAAAACUGCACUUGUCGAAUUUUACUGCAACUUACAAAAGACAUGCCCCCCUCUCACCAAAUGGCAAAACUCUCUGCCAUGCCACGCCUUCCCCCUUACAAGGAGACGCAAAGGUUUUAUCGGAGAAGGCAGCUCUCCAGUCGUGGACAGAUCACGAGCGAUCCAUUCCUCAUGACGGCACAAACUUUCAGGACAACAACUCUUACAGCAGAAAUUCCCUGGAAGAUAAUUCCUGGGUAUUCCCAAGCCCUCCUAAAUCAAGUGAGACGACAUUUGGGGAAAUGAAAAGUAAACCUUUGCCUUUACCCAACCUGCCACCACUGCAUUACUUGGAUCAACAUAAUCAAAACUGCCAUUAUAAACAUUAAUUCUGAAGAGAUUCAUGGUGUUCUCAUCAGUGGUUUUCUGGGAAAAUCAUUAGCAAACAAAGCAGAUUUUGAUUAAACUUUUGGAGAGUUUUUCAGUAUUUACAUUUGCACAUAAUGUACCAUAUUAUCUAGUUGAUUUUUCAGUAUGGAAGAACACUCUCCAGCUCCGUAUUCUGGCUAAGAAUCAAAUAUGUGUUAGUACUUAAUAAAUUAAUAAACUUAUGGUAUUUGAAAAUCACAAUUCUACCUUUGAUAAUUGUAAGUUUCUGCCUCUACCAUGAAUGGAACUGAAAGUUUUCAGACAUGGUUUUACAAAGUGUAUGAAAUGCCUAACAAAAAUAAAAAAGGAAACCAUUAUA